CUUUCACAAUGAGGGAAAUUCCCCUAGACAGAAACAACGAUCUAAAGUGUGGCGCAACAACGACAAUUUGAAGCCUGGUUUUUAAAAAUCAGUGAAGUUGAAGAUGGCCUCUUCAUCAGAAUCUCAACAGUAUCAAGCCAAGAAGGAUGAAGAUUUUCCACCACUUGAAAGAUUUUAUGAUAGUAGUAAGAAUAAGCGUAAACAAAGUCGGAUCCAGGGAGCCAGCUGGCAAACCGCGUCAGUAACAUCACAAGGACGAGGUGGUUCUACUGGUAGCAGAAUCGGCCCAAAGCAGCCCCACCAAUCUGGUAGCUCUAGCAGAGAGGAUUAUAACCAGCAGCGAUCUGGUAGAGGAGGGGAUCUGGGACACCAGCCCUCUUCAGGAAGGGACCAACAGCCCCAAUCUGGUAGAAGAGGUGGUCAGGAGCAACAGACGCAAACUGGUAGAGGAGGGGGUCAUGAGCAACAGACGCAUGAUAGAGGAGGGGGUCAUGAGCAACAAACGCAUGGUAGAGGAGGGGGUCAUGAGCAACAAACGCAUGGUAGAGGAGGGGGUCAUAAGCAACAGACGCAAUCUGGUAGAGGAGGGGGUCAUGAGCAACAGACACAUGAUAGAGGAGGUGGUCAUGAGCAACAAACGCAUGAUAGAGGAGGUGGUCAUGAGCAACAAACGCAUGGUAGAGGAGGGGGUCAUAAGCAACAGACGCAAUCUGGUAGAGGAGGGGGUCAUGAGCAACAGACACAUGAUAGAGGAGGUGGUCAUGAGCAACAAACGCAUGAUAGAGGAGGUGGUCAUGAGCAACAAACGCAUGGUAGAGGAGGGGGUCAUAAGCAACAGACGCAAUCUGGUAGAGGCAGAGGUAGAGGAAGGGGUAUUUGGCAGCAAGAUCAGUCCGAUAGAGGUAGGAAGUAUGAUGAGCAGCCUCCCCGUUUCCGUGGAGCAAAGAAUGCUGACAACCAGCAUCCCAAAUCUAGUGGAGUAUGGAAUGAUGAGCAGCCUCCCCGUUUCCGUGGAGCAAAGAAUGCUGACAACCAGCAUCCCAAACCUGGUGGAGUAUGGAAUGACGACCAGAGGAGACCAAACUCUGCCAGAGGAGGAGGUUAUAAUCAGCAGUCUAAGUCUACUAAACGAUGCGGUGUUCCACAGCAGGUGCAGUUUGGCAGAAGAGGAAGGGGACCUCGGCAAUUUACUGACAGACCUCAGUUUACAUAUGAGACACCUACUGAACACAUCGUAAUACCUACAAAGGCUAAAGAGAGAGUGAUAGUGGAAAACGGAAGGCAUAUCCUUAGUGAAGGACCAUCAGGGCAGUCUGUGGUGGAACUGAUGUUUGACUUCUUAACAAAAGAGGAAGCUGAUCGAAUCUUUGAGAUUCUCGAUAAGGAAAUUGACUGGUAUCAGCAAACAAAUACGAACAGAUAUGGGGAUGAUUACAAAGAACCUCGUCAGGUAUGCUGGUAUGGAGAGCAUCCAUACGCAUACUCCAAAGUCCAAAUGAAAGCCAAUCAGAAAUGGCCCCAUGAACUUCUUGAAGUCAGAAAAAGAAUUGAGGCUAAAGCGGGGAUGACGUUCAACUCGGUGCUGUGCAAUAAGUAUCGUAAUCAACACGACGGAGUGGCAUGGCACAGUGAUGAUGAAUACGGACUGAGAGAUCAACCAACUAUUGCUUCACUUUCACUGGGAGAGGAAAGGAUGUUUGAAAUGCGCAAGAAACCAUUGGAUAGAAGAUCAAGGGACUAUACCAACUGUGAGAAGCUGAAGGUACCCCUUACGCAUGGUUCCUUUCUCAUUAUGUCCAAACAUACACAGGAUGAUUGGCAGCAUCAAGUUCCCAAAGAGUCCAAGCCAAAGACUUUGCGCAUCAAUCUAACCUUCCGAAACAUAUACCCAGAUGAAAGGUUUGAGAAAAUAGAAACAAAAGCACCGCCAGGAGGAAAGGAAUCAUCAAGCUUGGAAAGAACCGAAGCAUCUUCAAUGGAGGAAGAGAACAAGGCACCAUUUAGCCGGUAUGGGACCGAAGCAUCUUCAAUGGAGGAAGAAAGCAAGGCACCAUUUAGCCGGGGUGGGACCGAAGCAUCUUCAAUGGAGGAAGAAAGCAAGGCACCAUUAAGCCGGGAUGGGACCGAAGCAUCUUCAAUGGAGGAAGAGAACAAGGCACCAUUUAGCCGGGAUGAGACCGAAGCCUCUUUGAAGGAGGAAGAAAGCACGGCACCAUUUAGCUGGGAUGGGACCGAAGCCGCUUUGAAGGAGGAAGAAAAAAAGGCACCGUUGAGCUUGGAAGAUAGCGAAGCAUGUACAAUGGAGGAAGAAAGCAAGGCACCAUUUAGCCGGGAUGGGACCGAAGCCUCUUCGAAGGAGGAAGAAAACCAGGCACCAUCAAACUGGGAAGAUCUCGAAGCAUCUACCAUGGAGGAAGAAAGCAAGGCACCAUCAAGCUAUGAAGGAACCUCAGCUCCUUCAAAGGAGGAAGAGACCAACGCACUAAUAGGUAGUGCAGGAAACGCAACAUCUUCAAAGAAAACUAAGAAGGAAUCGCGUCAGAAUAAGAAGAAAAUAGCAAACCAGGAAGACUGCGAAGCGUCUACCAUGGAGGAAGAAAGCAAGGCACAAUCAAGCCAUGAAGGAACCUCAGCUCCUUCAAAGGAGGAAGAGACCAACGCACGAAUAGGUAGUGCAGGAAACGCAACAUCUUCAAAGAAAACUAAGAAGGAAUCGCGUCAGAACAAGAUAAAAAAACCAAAACAUCGUUAGGUAGUGAAGAAGUCACAACUUCUUCAAUGGGGAAGAAACCAAAAUCCCAUAGUGUAGGAAGCCUGGCAUUUUUCAGAUGAGGAAGUAAGCAGUAAUAUGUAGAUGUUAUACAAUAAAACUAACAUGUGAACAAUUCAUUUCAAAAGGCAGUCACGUUUUUUAGAUUCCCACAAAAAAUCCAGAGAUAGUAUUAUGUCCAUGCAGAAAUGAUAAUCCCUAAUAGGAAUACACAAUCUGAGAAGCUCCUCUCGGAUUCAAAUUUGUGGGCGUCAAAACUGAUAUAUUUGUACAUAAUCACAUUACUCCGAAGUUAGAUGAUUCUCAUAAUGCUUUAUACUAUCAAAAGCUCCUUUAUGCUUCAAACUGAACGUUUUUUGUUGCCAUUAAUGUUAAGAGUGAUUACAAAACGCUUGCUUGUUGAGAUGUGUAGCUUUUAGAGGUUGCAUUGUAUGAUAUUUAUAAUUGUAUAAUUUACAAACCAUGUAUGCAGCUGUAUACAGACUUUGCAUGAAUUGAAUUGAACAUUAUUUUAGACUCGCUUUAAAAAAUAAAUUCUUCACACUUGGAAGAAUAAACUUGUAUUGAACAUGAGGUUUCCCAAAUGUUUCAAUUUGCACCAGACUUGCACAUUCUACAUCAAUUCAAUGUCGAUAAUGUGUAUCUUCUGCCUUAAAACUUAAAGAUUAUCUAAUCUAUAAAAAAAAAUUAAAAGAAAAACUAAAAAGUUGUACAAAAAAACUAAACUAUCUUAUCCGCAUUUGGAUUAUUACUUGUACUGCGACAAUCACAUAUCUCUGGACUACAAUGUAAUGUUGUUUGUCAUGGAAUUUUUCUUAAAGGAAUUAGAUAGUGUUAGAACCAAUAAGUCAUAUAUUUUAAGAACGUUUGAAUACCCAGAAUCAAUGCUGCCCAGAAUGCUGUUUUAUUUUGUUUGGUUAUUACAAGAAAAGUGCCAUGCUGUAUCUGUUGAUAUACAAAGAUUGUUUAAUUUUUCCUGUAUAUAAAUAAUGCUUUAGUGCAAUACAAUGAAUUUAAGAAAUAGUUUUAAAAUAGAAUUUGUGAGUUUUAGACUGAAGUUGUUUUUUUUUACUGGUACUCUCAUUAAUUAUAUAAGGGUUUAAAAUUAGACAUCUAAAGCGAAAGUCCAUGUCCAAUUUGGCAUAUAUGGCUAGGACUAAAGCUUGAUCUCCACAUCAUCAUGUUGAAGUAUCGGCCGUCCUUAGCGACACCCUUAACAACAGUCGUUGUCGCAGCCGCCAAAUUGAAUACCACCUAAUAUUAGUGACCAGGAAUGAGAUUUCGCUAUUUAUCAAUAAACUGUACAUUCAUAUAAUAUCAAGUCAUAAAAGCCACCAAGGAAAACUGACUGGGCAAGGUUAUUCUGGAGGUCGAUUGUACGGCGCAGUCAAUUUAUCUUUGUUCAAACCCAAUUCCUAUAAUAUUACGUAUCUGGAAAUGUUUUGACGUUACAAAUUAGGAACCGUUUUGGGGUUGUUGUUGUUGUUAGGUACGAUGUGUUUGUUUAAAAACUAAGCAGUUUGAGUUAAUUUUUUUGUCAUAAAGACAUUUUCGUUUCAUAAGCCUUUAUACGCAGAGUGUUAAAAAGUUUGGUGCAACAAGUAGUAAUUAAAUGUUAUUAAGGCACAACUGGAAAUAUAUUAAGGUGAGGUUUGCAGUAGAACCAUGUUUACAUCUCUUUUUGUUUGAGUUGUGAAAAUAUUUAGAAAUUAUAUAAUUCAUGCAAAGUCACAAUUUUUCUUAAAACUUAACCUGUAAAUACAUUGUUGUCAGUCUUGGUGUAGAUUCUUUUUAAUUGGUGUGUAAAGCUUGAGUACAUAAGUUAAUAUAUUGCAUAAUCAGCUGCUCAUUAAUGAAAUUGCUAUGUAUCGUACUAAAUAAUUAAUUACGUCCUUUUGUUUUUUAAACUUUUAAGUUUAUGUAUUCAAAAUAGAUGUUAUAGUUUUGUUUUCUUAUUGUUAGAUAAGACUUAAGGCUAUAUGCAUGGUGGAAAGAUAGUAAGUCCGGAUUGCAGUGACACCAUGUAAGAAUUCUCCUGCGA